UUCAAAUCUCUUCUUUCCACUUCUUUCUCUCGCGACCGCAAAAUGAUUACGCGCAUGUUGAAGCUGAAAACAACAGAACGUGAACCGACUAACCAUUCGGAUCCGGAUCCAAACUCAGACCCGGAAGCAUCAACAGUAGAGAAAACAAAUGGAAUGACAGGGAUAGAUUUAGGAAAUGGAAGCCAAGUUCUGUACACAUCAAAGUUUCUGUCUUACCAAGAUUCCUGGGAUUAUUUCCAUUACCUUGAUAAGAACAUCCCUUGGACCCGACCCACAGUCCGUGUAUUCGGACGCUCCUGUAUCCAGCCCAGAGAUACUUGUUAUGUUGCAAGUGAAGGAUUUCCGAACCUAAUCUAUAGUGGGUAUCAGCCUCAUGCAUAUUCUUGGGAUGAAUUUCCUCCCCUUAAGGAGAUAUUGGAUUUGGUCCAUAAAGCACUUCCAGGAAGUAAGUUCAAUAGCUUACUGUUAAAUAGGUAUAAAGGAGGCAAUGACCAUGUUGGUUGGCAUGCUGAUGAUGAGAAACUUUAUGGACUGACUCCAGAAAUUGCUUCGGUUUCGUUUGGAUGUGAACGGGAUUUCUUCUUAAAGAAGAAACCCAGUAAAACAGUUCACGCUAAAGAAAAUGGGGGUGAUCCUCCCGGCAAGCGGACAAAGAAAAAUAAUGAUUCAGACCAACGUUCAUUCGUGUUAAAGCAUGGCUCGCUUCUGGUAAUGCGAGGCUACACACAAAGGGAUUGGGUCCACUCAGUGCCUAAACGUGUUAAAGCUGCAGCAGUAAGAAUUAAUCUCACGUUCAGGCUCAUUUGCUGAUUGACAUUGAAGAGCUUUAUCUGUCGCCAAAGGUGUUGUAUGUUCGACUGAAGAAUAGUUUGGCAGCGAUUGCAGGAUUUUGAAUCUACUGUGUUUCCUUCCAUGUAGAAAAAGGAAAUGUCAGAACUGUAGAAAACAUAUAUUUUAUUUUUUGUAAUAUUGGCCAGAGUCCAGCUUGCGAAACCUGCUUUAUCGAGAUGUUUAUGAUAAGACUGUACAAGGUUUGGGGCAAAUUUUGUGGGUUUUUCUUCCUUGUGCAGUUAGUUCAAUUCGACAUUUAACUUAAAUAACUCUUCUCAAAAACUUUCAUUUUCCUUUU